AUGGCCACCCCAACCGCCGCCGCGCUCUCCUGCUCCUGCCGCCCCUCGCCCUCAUGCUCCUCCGCCGCGCUCCGCCGGGCGAGCGUCGCGCCCGUCUCCGGCGCCCAUUCUCCUCGCCGCCGCCGCCGCCGCCGCCGCCUUCGUCUCGCGCCGUUGCACGUUGUCGAUGACUCGAAGGAGGUACAGGUGGAGGCGAGCGCCGCCGCCGAUCUUCCCGAGGAGAGGUCUCGGACGGAUAAGAUGGUCGACGGGAUGGACUUCGGGGAGCUCUGCAACGAGUUCGAGUGCAUAAGCAGCCCCUACGUGGAGUCCACGGCGAGGCAGCUAGCGCGCGACAUCCUCGAGCUGCGGGAGGACAACCGGGCAUUCAACUGCUAUGCUGUCUCCGUCAAAUACAAGGAUCCGCUCAGGACAUUUGUUGGGCGUGAGAAUUACAAGAGGCCAUUGUGGAUCACCAAGGCAUUGGAAAACCCUGUAGUGACAGUCCAGGAAAUGUCAAUGCAAUCGACAAGUAAUCUGACCAUCAAGUGGGCAUUUAGAGGGAAGCCUAAGAAUCCAUUCUUUGCAACCAUUGGAGGAGAUGUCAUUGUCCGUGUUGAAUCACAGUUCGUCUUGAACCAGAUAAGUGGCCAGGUACUCGAACAGGUUGACUCCUGGGACCUCUCUGCCUCGUCUCUUCCUGCCCAGACCUACUUCUGGUUGUCCAGAAGGGUUUACUCCACUAUUGAGUCCGGGAAGGAUACAAUCGAAGCUGCUAAGAGCACGGCAUCAAAGCUGUCAACAAAGGAAGAUCAGAAUUUAGAGGCUUAUCCGGAUCCUUCUGGUGAUCCUACAAAGUUCUUUCAAAGGCCAGAUGAUGGAUUCAAUCAAGAUGUGUACCAGAUUGGGCUUUUGCUGGCUGUGAUCUACUUCAUUGUACAGUUCUUGAAAACAAUUCUGUGAUCCGCGCACCAGCUUCAACAAAAUUCGUCGAAUCCUCCUGAUGUUGUAGCCUGUGUAUACAUUGCAUGUAAUUAUGUCUAGCAAAAUUGUUUCAUAUAGGCGCGCCACCAUCUUAAGUGGAAGAGAUUUUAGACUUUCACAAACAGUUGAUGAUCCAUUCUUCUGAUAUUAGUCUGGCCUUUUGUUUGCCCUGCGAGCUAUUAAUUUGGCAGUCAUGACUUCAUGUUGCCACUUAUAUGUAGUAUUGAGCUGCUGAAUCUUAGUGAAUAUUAAGCGCAUACAUUUUUAGUAGGUAAUAAUGACUUGAAUCGGAUUGCCAUUUUACGGUACC